CGGUCGCGGUCGUGCCUGAACCCGGGCAUAGAGCAGGCUAAAUAGCAGCAUAUUGCAUUUGCAAGACGUCCUGCAAGCGAACGAGUCAGCACUGCGAGCUCGCACGCAAAAAGACAGUGAAACGCACGUGUUUGGCUUGCUUUCACCAAAAACGCACCUACCUUCAAAACACCGCACGCGCAACAAGCACUGCAUUUCUGCAGCAAAAGAGCACCGUUGCAAGCAAACAAGUGAAAAAAACAAUGCGCGCCCUCCUCCUCUUCCUCGCCACGACGCAGGCGUGGUCGGCGACGCGGCUCGCGUCGCCGACGAAGCUCGUCCAGGGCCGCGCCGCCGCGCGCGCCCUGAAAGCUGCCGACGAGGCCGCCGCGGUCGAAGAAGUCCCAAGGGGCGGCUUCAAGUCCUGGUUCAUUUCCAAUAGAACGCCCCUGCUCUUCGGCGCGCUCGUGUCGCAGAAAGUUUUAGCAGACGUCGUCACGGACUACACGCGGCGGCAGGGCGCCUACAGCGGAGCCACGGUCUCCAUGCUGAGCGAGGUCGCCAAGUUCCCGGUGUUGGUGGCCGCGAUCUGCGCGUUUGCGGGCGGGCCGUCGCGGCUCUGGCCGACGGUGAAGCGGGCCUACAGCGACACGCCCUUCAAGAUCGCCUGGAUCGCCGGCGCCUACGCGGCGCAGAACGUGCUGUACUUUGCGGCUUUGGGACGCAUAUCGGCGGCGUCGUACCAGGUCCUGAGCCAGUCCAAGAUGAUCUUCACGGCGAUCCUGGCCGUGACGAUGCUCAAGGAAAAAUUGAGGAAGCGCGACAUCGCCGCGUUGGUCUGUCUGCUGGGCGGCUCGACGCUCGUGCAGCUCUCGGAGAUGGCCGGCGCCGGCGCGGGCAAGGGCGGCGCCGAGGCACUGCUGGGGGGCGGCUUCGCCGUGCUCGGGGCCUUGCUCUCAGCGGUCCCGAACGUCUGGUACGAGAAGCUGCUGAAGACGCCGGGCGAGGACGAGUGGGCGCGCAACGUGCAGGUCACCGUCUGGAUCUUCUCGUGGAUCGCGCUGUCGCAGCUCUGGACUGCGGCCUCUGCCGUGCGCGCGGGUUUGAGUGGUGCCGUCGACCCGUUCGCGUCGCUGCCGAACUUCGGGCGGGCGUUGUUUGGCUCUUUCGAAGGGCUGACGCCGGCGGUCUGGCUCGUCGUCGCGCUCAAGUCGCUCAACGGCAUCCUCAUCCCCGCGACGCUGAAGUACGCGGGCAACCUCGUCUACCUCUACGCCAAGCCGACGUCCAUCGUCAUGACGGCCCUCGCGUCGGCCGUGUACUCUUCUACCGUUCCGCCUGCGUCCUUCUGCGCGGGCGCGGCGCUCGUGAUCUGGUCGAUGGCGAAUUUCAAGAAGUAG